AUGAUUCCAUCAAAAUGGGUUUUUGUAUCUGAAUUUCCAUUGAAUGUCAAUUGUAAAAUUGAUCGAUAUCAAUUGUUACAUCUUUCAGAAACUGUUGAUUUACAAUCCUUAUCUCCAUCAUUAAUGACAUUGUCGCCACUAGAAAAAAAAUUAGAAGAUAUUUUUCUUCGUGCUUUUAAUCUAAAAACAUCUCCUGACAUAUCAAAAUCAUUUGGUCAACUUGGUGGAACAUCAUUAGGUGCUAUGCAUGCAUUGAUCUUAAUCCGACAAGAAGUAUUUGAAGAAAUGGAUAUUAGUCUUCUCUUUACGAAUCCAUCAAUACAACAAUUAGCUACAGUAUUAGAACCACUUUUAAAUAAUCUGAAAUCUGUCGAAGAGAAAAUCACGAAUGAGGAGAACUUUGCUAUUAGACCUACUUCAUCAUGGUUCAUUGAAACAUUCGGUAUACUAUUACUGGCAUGGCAAUGGUUAUGGCCAUUUUAUAUUGCAAAUCAUUUCAAUAUUUUUUUUCUUCGAAUAUUAUUCAUUCUAUUGAUACAUUUAUUCCAAUAUCCUCUAUUUCUUAAAAUUUUAAAUAGACCAUUUCUACGCAAUCGUGAUGCUUUGUAUUCAUGGUCUUAUUAUCGUCUAUGGUUUUUACGACGUCAGUGGUCAUUGAAUAAAUAUUGGUUAGGAUAUUUGUUUGGUACUCGAUUUUAUAAUAUGUAUCUUCGUCUAUGUGGCGCUCGUAUCAAUGACACAGCACAAAUCUAUACCAGUGAAAUUGAUGCACCUUGGCUGAUUGAAGUGGGUAAUUUUAGUUACAUUGGUGAAGAAGUUGUUCUCUCGUCUGUUAGUUAUCAUGAUUAUAUUUAUGAUUUACAUGAAAUUCAUAUUGGAUCUCAUUGUUCGAUUGAAACAAGAAGUGUUCUACAUGAUCGAGUUGAUAUGCAUGAUGGAGUAUUUAUAGCUCCAUUAACAGCUGUUACAGGUCGAAUUCUUGGAAUAAAUGUCGAUAAUAAAAUUUCAAGUGAAUACCAUCUUAGUCAUUCGAUAUUUCAGUUUAUGAUGAUCUUAUCAAUGAUUUGUAUCCAUUCAUUUAUUCUUCAAUGGAGUUGGUCUGCAUUGCCUUAUCUAUCUGUAUGUUGGUUUAUUUGGUCAAUUGUGGGUACAGCCGUUAGUUUACUUCUUCUUCGAUUUGUAGUUGGUAAUGUUGAAGAAAAUUUUUCUCAUUCAUAUAAUUCCUGGCCAUUUCUUCGUCGAUUUUGGUUACGUCAUUUAGUUAUACAUUCAUUUAGUCCAUGUUUAUCAAGUAUUUUAGAUGGAUUAAAUUUUAUUACUCCAUCGAUACUUCGUUGGUUAGGUGCAACAAUCGAAAAUAAUAAUAUUGAAAUUGUAGAUUUUGUUCCACUUUUAUCAAUACCAUCGAAUCUUUUAACAAUCAAUUCUAAUGUGACAACAACAUCAGAAAUCUGUUUUGUUCCAUAUGAUAUUACUAUUAAUGGUCAAUGUGUUGUCAAUGGUCGAAUUCAAAUUGAUCGUCGAUCAUUUCUUGGUAAUAAUUGUCUUAUUCGAUCAGGUGUUUCUAUUCCAGAAGAUGUUCUUAUUGGCUCUUUAACACGAAUUGAUUCAACAACAAUUAUAAUGAAAAAUGAUAUUCUUCUUGGUGUUCCAGCUCAACCCAUGCCAUUCAUUUUAUCAGAUAUAAACGAAACACAAAAAGUAACUAAUGAUUUUCAACGAAUUGCCAUGGAAUUUAUUCAUUUAGUUUUACUUGAUAUAUUACCAACUUUCAUACUCAUCUAUUCAUUUCUUAUUCAGUUUAUAUAUGUCUAUUUAAUGACUGACAAAUCAAAUCAAUCAUUUGAUAUAGUAGAUUCAAAUUGGAAGACAUCAUUAGCAAUGAUAUUAUAUUCUCAAUAUGCAAAAUAUAUAGGUCGUUUAUUAGGUGGCACACAAUGGCUCAUCAUUAUUCUUCAUCAAUUCGGUGCACAUAUUGGUAAUGAUGUUAUCAUUGAUGAUAUCAAUUCAUUAUAUGAUGUUCAAUUGAUUACGAUUGAUGAUCAUGUACGUCUCUCAUCAACAUGUCAAAUCCAAUGUCAUACAUUUGAACAACGUCAUUUGAAACUUCGUCCUGUUAAAAUUGGUUCAUAUUGUAUUUUUAAAGCAAUGUCAUUCGUAUUACCUGGUGUAGAAUUUCUUGGUUAUAAUUAUUUAUUUCCUUGUUCACUUGCUUUACCUCAUGAUCAAUUCAAAAGACAUACGGAUUGGUUUGGAUCACCAACAAAACGUCUUAUUGUACAUCAUGGUAUUGAACCACCACGAUUAAUACUUGCUCAACAACCAUCAUCGAUAGAUAAUUACGAUGUAAUUGUUGCACGAACUGAUGAUGAUAUUCUUAGUCUUUAUUUUGGAGAAAAUGGAUGGAUGAGUUGGCAAUCAGGUCUCAAUUUACGACAACCAUUUCGACCGAAUGAUAUUUAUAUAAGAUUAUUUUUUUCAUCAUUUCUAUGUAAUUCAAAACCUAAACGUAUUCUUAUUGUUGG